AUGUUGUUCUUCGUGCUGACGUUUAUCAAUCUUGUUGUAUCAGUUGGAUUUGCGAGGAACGUUCUACUGCGAAAACCAUCAACUCAGAGUUCGUGUUACGAUACCACUUGUAAUAAAUACAACGCUUCAUUGGCUGUUGAUGGAGAUAGCAAUCCAAACUUUGAUUACACUCACUGUUUCCAUAAUACCUUCGAAAUAUUAGAGGAUAGAUGGAUCCUUGUCGAUAUGCUCAUUGCGUACAAAAUUGACUACGUUGUUUUCUGGAGUAGAGAUAGUGAUUCUGAACGCAACGAAAAAUUCAUCAUCGGACUGACAAACGUGAAUUAUUUUGAUCCCACUUCUGAUCGACCAUUAAGGGGAAAGUUUCCCAUCUGCGGUCAGUACCCUGAUCCACCUCAGGUCAGCUCUCCACACCGUGUGAACUGCGGCAACAACGUAACUGCUUCCAGGUACGUCAUCGCCCAACAAUACUCACUGGCGCUAGUCGGAUUCGUCGUCUGUGAGCUUGAAGCUUUUCCAAGAGAAGAAAAAAUUUGGAGACACAGAGAAGGAAUGAAAUUAUCUGGUUUGACAAUUCGAACAACUAAAGCCAGGACUGUUUAUCACUGUGUGAUUCUCUGCCUCCAGUCGACUGGUUGUUCAUCAGUGAACUUCAAUCGCGAUUCAAAAACGUGCGAUCUCAACACUGGAACUGUCGAAAAUGUUACCAACUUUGUAGGAAAUCAAUCGUGUGACUAUUGGCAACGAAUAAAGUUAGAUUCUAAAUUGAUAGAACAAAAUUAUUCAGUCAUUUCUCAGAAGAACGUUUUAUUGUUGAAGCCGGCAACACAAAGUUCAAUUUACUUAGAAAAUAAUGCACCGCAUCCUGGUUCGCUGGCUGUUGACGGCGACAAAAAUCCAGAUAUUGAUCUUGGAGGUUGCUUCCAUGCUGGAGUUGAACCUCUCAAAGAAUUCUGGGUUCUAGUUGAUAUGAUCAUUCCAUACAGGAUUGAUUACGUCAUUUUAUGGAGUAGAAAAUAUUCAGUUUACACUCCAAGAAACGACAAUUUCAUCAUCGGAUUGACAAACGUCAAUUAUUUCAACCUUCUCACCAACCAGACCAUCAGAGGCAAGUUUCCUCUCUGCGGUGUGUACCCCUAUCCUACCCAACCUAGUUUUGGACAUCGUGUCAACUGCAGUUCCAACCUGCCUGCUUCCAGGUAUGUCAUCGCCCAACAAGCUGAAAAUGCUGAAUAUGGAUUUUGCAUAUGUGAACUUGAAGCUUAUCCUAUGAAAGGCAAGCUUUAA